AUACUUUAUGCACUUCCGCUUAGCAACCAAUGGCGGACGAAGAAACAACUUUUUAGAAACAUAAAAAAUACAUAAAUCGAAAUGACUGAUGUUCAAAAGCCUGGCACCCCUAAAAGGGUGACCAUGGUUGGUGAACCAAGAAACACUUCUGCUGGGUCUAGAGGCAGUGCAAAAAGAAAUGGCUCUCCAGAAAAAAGGGUUCCAAGUGCAGUUCAAAGAUGGAAAAGACAACAUGAACAAAGCAUGAUGGAAAAACUUGUUGGUUUAAGAAAUACUAAAAAGGAGCUAACAAAGAUAUCAAAAGAGCAAGCAACAAAUCUUGCUAGAAAAAUCCCUACUGAGCUUUUAGCAAGAGAUUGGUUAAAUGUUAUCGAGGCAACUCUUGAAACAAGAGCAUAUCUUGUAGAGAAAUUGAUGCCAACAUUAAUUCUUGGAAUGGAAAAGUUACUCAAUGAAGCAGAUAAAAGGGGACUUGCAAAUGGCAGUGAUAAACGUGAUCCAAAUUUUAACCCGAUUAAUCAUCUAGCACAAUAUCUCAUGAGAAAUAAUCCAAGAUAUAGUAAUUUCUCAGAGGCAUCACCAUAUGUGCGAAGUCUUCGAGAAGUCAAUGAGGAACUUAAGAAAGAACUCUUCAAUAUUGAAGACAACAGAUUGGCAAGAAUCAAGGCUGAAGCAAAGCGGCGACGUGAUGAAAGAGAGAAAAUGGAAGAGCAGAAAAUGUUUGAGCAGAAAGAAAGGAUGAAACUUCUAAUGAAACAGUUUAUGGAAUGGUGUGUUAAUCCAAGUGGAAGUGUUGAAUUACAACUGCUCCAGAAUGCUUUAAGAUCAUUUGUGGAAUUAUCUGAGAGAUUCCCAGAUCAUUUGAGUGAGGCAGCUAAACUAAGCCACCCACUUGAGCCAACAGAUGUUACUGGAAAGGCACUAACAGUCAAGGAGUUUGCUAAGUAUUUUGCAUCAUAUACAUCAGAACUGAACAGUGAGCUGUUUGAUAGAUUUAUGUUACACAUGACAAAAUGUGCUGCUGCCCACAGAUCACUGUCACACAGAGAGGCCCGGAGAAUUCACCUUACUAAUCUCUUCCUGUCAUGUGACCAUAGUGGUAUUGGUUUACUGGACAGACAUCGGGUGUUGAGUUUGUUUGAAAACUACUGGGACUCUGCCAAGGAGGAGAUUAAACAUAACCUUAGAAACCCAAGAAAAUGGCCAGUUGUUGAAGUUGAUGAAGCAGACGACACAUUGAGUGAUGAUGAGGAGGUAAAGGAGGAGCAGAUACCAUCAUUACCAGCCACAACAGAGCCUCCACGCUCCCCUCCACCUGUAACUGCAGAACCUAGGGAACAAACUAUAGUAGAACAAAAGGAAGAUGAAGCAUCAGAUAAAGGGGAGCCAACUCCUGAAACACAGCAACAAGAUGCCAAAGAGGAACAAACUGACCAAAAGAUAGAGGAAAAACCAGAACAACAAAAGGAAGAAACAGAUGGUGAAAAGGAGGCUGGACCAGAACAAACUACUGAACAGGUCGCAGAAAAGAAACCAGAAGAAGCAGAGAAAGAAGAAGAAAAUAAAGGGGAGGGUCAGGAGAAAGAAAAAACUGAUACAGAAUUGAAACAAGAAGAACAGAAACCAGAAAGUGCUAAAGAAGAAGAGACUGCAGAACUAUUAAAGAAAGAUGAAGCAAAACCAGAAGAAAACAAAGAAACAACAGAUAUUGACACUUCAGGAAAAGAAAGUGAUACUAAACCAGAUGAAUCUGGGUCACAGAAAUCUGAGACGAAGGAAGGGGGUACAAGUACAGAAUUACCUGAUCAAGGUCCAGAACCACCAUCAACAGCUGGGGAGACAACUGAACAACAAAAAGCUGAUGAAUCAAUUGAGGAAAAAGAAAAAGAAGGAGACAUUGAAUCAGAUGUAGCAUUGACUGGGGAAUUACUACAGAGUCAACCAAAGACACCAGGUACAGGAACACAACAAGCUGUAUCAUUUGCUGAAGGGACAAACUUUGAGAGGGAGAAAACAGCUAUGACACAGAUAAGCCGUAGUCACUCUCAGAUGUCAAUAUUUGAUGAGAACUCUGUCAACGUAUCACAGUUUGUUCAACUAACAGAGACAUUCCUUGGUGACGAGCCAUCUACCAAAGGUUUUGAAACGUUGAUGAAAUAUAUCAAGUCUGAGUACCAGGAGACAGAAGAGGAGAAAAUGGAGAGAUUGGUCAGGGCUAGAAGAGAGGCGAUGUCAUCACGUAGGAAGAUGUUGCUGGAUCAGUUGUUUGAUAAGUGGGACAAUGAUGGCUCUGGUUAUCUUGAUCAGGAUGAGGUGGAAAAUGUCAUGAUGAAAUACAAAGAUGGUCAAGAAAGUGAGGCCAUUGAAACAGCUAAAGUUGAAAUGAAAAAGAAGACAAAGCACCCAACUGACAACCGUCUGAGCAAGAGGGAGUUCCGUAACUUUGUAACCCUGGUAGCAGAUGCGAUGCCAGGAGCUGAUGCGGAAUUCGAAUAUUUCAUUGAGUUCUUAAACAAUAGUGUGGAGGACUUUGUUAAAGUCAAAAAGCGCACAUAUGCUGAGCGUAUUCGAGGCGAAGCCCGUAAGAAGUGGUUACAAUACAUUAUCACAGCAGCCGACACUGGUGGGGCCUCCAUUGAACCUGUCUAUAAAGCUGUGUUCCAGGCAUUGUAUAAGGAUGCCGAAGCUCAUGGUGGUGGUAAGAACAUCAGUGCCAACAUCUCCAUGUUGGAACGUAAUACUACAGAUCGUACACGAGGUGACGUUGUUUUACGAUAUGUAGCUGCUACAACUGAAGAUGCCGACUUUCUGCUUGGAAAGAUUCUGUACAAGGAUAUGAUGGGAAUUAGUUUCUCAGCAGUCGAGACUGGCAAACCAAUUCAUGUACCAAGAGUAGCUAAUCAUGGGAACAUCAUGUUCUGGAACCCAUACAGAAAACCAGACGAGCGUGAGGGGUCGUUCAUUGUAAUUCCUCUUAAGGACCGACGUAAGCGUGUAUUUGGUCUCCUGGGUAUAGACACACUCAGUGAUCAUCAUACAAAGAGUAUCUUCAUCACACACGAGAUUCAGUUCUUCCAGGGUGUGGCAAAAUCAUUUAGCAUUGCCUACCAUGCAAUUGACAUGCGCAAAAAACUGUUGCGUAUCACAGAAAGUGCGGUGUCCUGGAUCCAUCGUCGUAGUCCACAUGUGAAGGAAGUUGUUGCAUACAUUGUGGAACCAGAUGAGGAGAGCAAAGACUUUGUACUGAGAAAAAUGAUGAUGACAGAUAAGAGAGGAAGCAUCCAGAACAUGCAGAACCCUCCACGUCUCGAGAGGAAAGAUAACCUCUUCCGAGACUAUUUGUUUAAAGCAGUUGACAAUUCUGAGAGUGUAUCAGCAGACGCAUAUGGAGAGCGCCACCUGGCGUUCCCAUUGAGAGAUGAUCAAGGCCGGGCAUCAGCUAUACUAGACAUUAGUAUUGGAGAGAUGAAACAACUGCCAAGUCAUGAGAACCGGGAAGUUCAGAGAAUGUUGCGUCUGCUGCAGAUGGCUCACAAGGAAAUCACUAAGGAAAUGGCUGGAGAGGAGAAAAAUGUUGUCCUAGAGGCUGAGCAGAAUGAGGAAUCGAGGAUGGACAUUAUGUUUGAUCGUCUGAUGUUGAUGGAAUUGAGAGAAAAUGUCAACAAACUGGACACAAAGGCAUUUGCUGAGCUUCGUAGCUAUAAUGAUCCUCCAAGAAUUGUACAUGAUAUACUCAAGUCAGUGAAGGCUAUAUUUGACUUUGAGGAGACAGAACAAGGGCUUUAUGAUGACUGGCAACAAAUGAAAGGGCAAAUCAACAAUGAGCUUCUACAGAAACUUGCUACCUAUGACCCGACGGCUGGUCAAGAUCUUAUUCAGCCUGAAAAAAUUGAGAAAUACCUCAAGGAUGUCCCUCAUGGGGAGGUAGCUAAACACAGCUCUGUACCAGCACAACACAUGUACAAUUGGGUGUUCGUCUGUCUGUCUCUUAUAGAGCAUACACUGAAAAUGCGGGAAAAUAAUGCAGAUAUUCUUCCACCAGAGAGUGAGAAGGAAAAUAGCGGGGAGAACCUUUUACAACAGGAAACUGAGGCGGAAAGUUAAAGGUCAAGGAGUGUUAAAUGACUUGCAUACAACACUUUCAUUUCUAGGGGUAUCAUUCAAUAUGCAUGACUAUUUUCAAAUUGUAUAUAUCUAAUUAAAGAUAGAUUAUUUUCCAGUGUUUAUAUAAAUGAUCUAAUAAUUUUGUAUUUCAUUGACUGGACAGAAGCACUGAUAGUAUGUUCUUGAAAUCUCUCUCCCUAUAAGUUUGUGAAAAAAUCUAGAAUAGAAAAGAAAAAAAAUUGUGCCAAGCAAUUUGCCAAACUCUGCGGUUUAUUAUUGCCUGUGAUAUAUCAAUUACAAUGUAUAUAAUUGGUACAAGUAAAGAGUAUUUCUUUUACCUGAGAGUUUUAACUCAACUUUGAUAUUAAUCAAAUAUGAUGAACCCUCCAUAAGCAUGUACUAGUAUAUUUUUGUUAUGGUCUAAUUGUGUCACAAGAUGAUGUUUGAUUUUUACAUAAGAAUACAUGUAUAUUCAUUAAUGAGCAUUUUUUG